GCCAAUCACAUGGCGCACUCCAAGGAGAGCCACAGUGCGCAUGUCGUUGUCGCUGACCGGGUUGGAACGGCAGGUAGGUCCUCCAGGUUUCGCUCCUCUGUCGUUUCUGAGCCGAGCGGUGUUUUUUCCCGGAGAUGAACAGCGUGGGGGAGGCCUGUACCGAGCUGAAGCGGGAGUACGACACCUGCUUCAACCGCUGGUUUGCCGAGAAGUUCCUGAAGGGCGACCGGAGCGGCGACCCGUGCACGGAGAGCUUCCGGAAGUACCAGCGCUGCGUGCAGGCGGCCAUCAAGGAGAAGGAAAUCCCCAUCGACGGCGUGGACUUCAUGGGGCCCAACAAGGACAAGCCUGAGAGCUGAUGGAGGGCUGCUGGGGAAAUCCUACAAAUGUACGCCACACUGAGCGGGGUCCACGAGGCCCACCGAGCAUGCGCAGGAGCGGACAAGCUGCUGUCUCUGGGGUUAGAGGGUGAAGCGGCCCCUGAAAGAGCCGUCUCGUUAAUUUUAAGCUUUUCUCUUUUACUGCACAGCUCUGUUCGGACUUCGUUUCUCAGCAGAGACACUUACCGCCCAGUUUUCCUCCAGAGGGCCCAGAGAGCUGCUGUCAGCCCUGAAACUGAGCUAAAACUGUCUGAAUCCAAUUACUAACCAGCUAAAGCUCCUCCAUGACGGCCUGUGUGCGCGUUAUGAAGCGGUGGCAGCCUGUAGCUAUAAAUAGCUCUAAAUAAGAUGUGAUGCUGAAAACUCUUCCGACUGAUGUCAUGUGUGCAAAACUCAAUCUUGCAUUGUACGAAUGAAUUAAAGGGAGCUCGGUGUUGGAGCAGGACACGUGCA